UAUAGUUUCUUUCCAGCUGCCAAAAAUUAUACUAGCUGAUACUGCAAUAAGGAUAUUGUCUGAACCAUUCUGCAUGAUAAUGAUAUAUACCAUGCCCACGGUCGACUAGAUCGGUCGAGGAGUGAACUCCACGUACCUACAGAACGCAAGAAACGCGGUGAUGAAGUUGAAGAUGGACAUCGUUAAACCUCUGACUUUGUUUCAUAUUUCUCCCUAGUCAAUGUGCCAGCCACCCUGUGCUGGUUUUAAGAAGUCGUACCUCUUGUCCAGUACGUAAUCCAGUUUUUAUAUUACUCUCUGUGUGUGUGAGUGGGUGUGUUUAUAUAGCAGCAUUACUGUGAAUUCGAAGCUUGAUGUAUUUGAGGCUGCUGUGAUAAUCUUUCUCGAUCAGUUUCUCAUCAUAUUGCUCGCAAUAUGAACAGAGGUGUUUCUUCUUCUUCUUUUACUCCGAUUAGGUGGAGUUAUGAUGUGUUCUUGAGUUUCAGAGGUGAUGAUACACGUAAUAAUUUUACUGGCCAUUUGUAUACUGCUUUGUGCCAGAAGGGUCUUCACACCUUCAUAGAUGAUCAUGAUCUUAGAAAAGGAGACGAGAUUGGGCCAACACUAGUCAAAGCAAUUCAGGAGUCGAGGGUUUUUGUCAUUGUGUUCUCCAAACACUACGCAUCCUCCAAAUGGUGCUUGGAUGAACUCCUCACCAUCCUUGAUUGUUCUAAAGAAUCAAAGGGACAACUUGUUUGGCCCAUUUUUUACAAGGUGGAUCCGUCGGAUGUACGAAAGCAGAGAGGUAGCUUUGCUGAGGCGAUGCUUCAACAUGAACUGCAGUUCAACAUCAACAUGGACCGGGUGCAGAGGUGGAGGACAGCUCUUAUUCACGCAGCUAAUCUGUCUGGUUGGCAUUUUCCAGACGGGCAUGAAUCCAAGUUUAUCCAGAAUAUUGUUGAAAAGAUCUCAAUUCAAGUAUCAAAUCGGACAUACUUGAAUGUUGCUAAGCAUACUGUAGGACUGGAAUCUCGCGUCCGGGAUAUGCAUGAGCUAUUAAGUGUUGAGGAUAAUGAUGUUCGCAUGGUGGGAAUAUGGGGAAUUGGAGGAAUUGGUAAGACAACUGUUGCCAAAGCUGUUUAUGGGUCAAUUGCUCAUCGAUUUGAAGGUAGCUGUUUUUUGGCUAAUGUGAGAGAAAGGUCAUCAGUGCCACAUGAAGGCUUGGUUCAACUGCAAGAAAUCCUUCUUUCCAAGAUAUUAGGGGGUGUAAAAGUGAAGCUGAAUAAUGCUGAUGAUCUUGCUGUUGAGAUAGAGAGAAGACUUUGGAAUAAGAGGGUUCUUAUAGUUCUAGAUGAUGUGGAUCAUCUAAAGCAAUUAGAAAACUUAGCAGGAAAACCUAGUUGGUUUGGUCGGGGUAGUAGAGUUAUCAUAACAACGAGAGAUAAGCAUCUAUUACUUUCGCAUGGAGUUAAUUCAACAUACAAUGUCAAGAAAUUAGAUUUUCAUGAAGCUUUUGAGCUCUUCAGUUGGAAUUCCUUUAAAAGCGACAAACCUGAAGUUGAUUAUCUGCAACUUGUUGAGCGUGCUGUGCAUUAUACCAAUGGCCUUCCAUUAGCUCUGACGGUUUUGGGUUCUCAUCUUUUUGGAAGAAGCAUAGACGUGUGGCAAGAUGCAUUAGAUAAAUGUGAAAGAAUUCCUAACAAAGAAGUCCAAGACAUACUAAAAAUAAGUUUCAAUGGAUUAGAAGAUCAUCAGAAGGAAGUUUUCCUUGACAUUGCAUGUUUCUUCAAAGGACAAGAUAAAAAUUUUACAGUCGAUAUCCUAAGAAGUUGUGAUUUGUACCCAAUUUAUAGCAUUGCAGUGCUCAUAGAUAAGUCCCUCUUAGCGAUUGGUGACGACAGUAAUGCGCUGUGUAUGCAUGACUUAAUCGAAGACAUGGGCAAGGAAAUAGUGCGUCAGGAAUCUCCUACAGUAGGUGAACGCAGUAGAUUGUGGUUUCAUGAGGAUGUGUUGCAGGUGUUAACAGAAGAAACAGGAACAAAUAAAGUUCGAGGCAUAAUGAUAGAAAUGCCCAAAAAAGACGAGAUCCAUGUAGCUCCCGAAGCCUUGUUAAGAAUGAGGAAUCUCCGAUACUUGAUAAAUCGAAAUGCAAGCCUUGUUGGAAACAUUGGUUAUCUGCCCAACUCAUUAAGGUUCCUUGACUGGUACAAAUAUCCUCUUGAAUCCCUACCAUCUGAUUUUAAUCCAAAGAAACUUGUUGCACUUAAGAUGCCAGCAAGCAACAUAUCACGUUUUGGACAGUCAAUCACGCAACUUGAUUGGUUGAAAUCUAUGGACUUCAGUAGAUGUGAAAGGCUAAAAGAAAUCCCGGACUUCUCAGGAUUUCCAAAUUUGGAGAAACUAUUUCUUAGAGAAUGCAAGAGUUUAGUAGGGAUUCAUGAUUCUGUUGGAUUCCUUGAUAAGCUUGUGAGUAUGAAUGUGCAAGAUUGUUGUAACCUUACAAGGUUUCCGACAAAACUUGGCCUGAAAUCCCUGAAAGUUCUUAAUAUGAAAGGCUGCAAAUUACUGGAGAGCUUCCCUGAAAUUGAGGCUGGAACCAUGGAACAGUUGCAUGAGAUUAAUCUAGAGUGUUGCGAAAAUCUCAAAACUCUUCCAAGCAGCAUCUAUAAGUUGAAACAUCUGAAGCAACUUGUCGUCAGAGGUUCUCCAAAACUUCUAACCUUUCCAAUGUCGACGACAACAUCCACCAUGAAGCAGUAUUUGUCAAAUGACAAUGAUGAUGAAGAAUACUCCACAACAGUGUUUCCUGAUCUAACUUUUUUGCGAGUCGGAGACUGCAACAUAUCGCAGUGUGAUUUUUUGAAGUCAUUUCGUUGCUUGUCCACCCUGACCUUUCUUGAUCUGUCAGGAAGCAGCUUUCAUACCCUUCCAACAUGGAUCAUCAAGUUUGUUAACUUGCAGUGGCUCAUAUUACGAGACUGCGACAUGCUUGAAGAAAUUCCCCAGCUUUCUCAAAGUAUUAAAGGAAUAACUGCAGGUGGAUGCAAAUUAUUGGAAAAAAUUUAUAUAUUUUCUGAUAUUUUGGACCACCAAAAUGCAUUGGGUUGGCUUCAAUGGAGCGACUUGUCUGAGUGCCAUAAACUACUAGAUAAUAUGGACUUAAAUGUGGAAAAGAUGGCAUCUAUCUUACUUAAUCAACACGAUGAUCAGGGUAAGGAUUCAUACUUUGAGUUCAGUGUUGUACUUCCUGGAAGUAAUAUUCCACAGUGGUUCAACUUUUGUAAACAUCCCACUGAUCCCGAGUAUUGUGAGUUUGUUAUCAAAUUUCCUCCAAAUUUCAAUGGAAAGAAUUCGAGAUUGGCUUUAUCGGCUGUGUUUGAAAGCACAGAAGGAACAUUGACCUAUGAUUAUGAUGAUUAUGAUAAACACGCGUUUCAUCUCCGGGUGUACAUCAAUGGUGAUGAAAUAUUUUUUGUUCAUGAGCAUUUUCUUAUUUGCCCGGGGUCAAAUCAUGUCUGGUUGCAGUAUGUUUCGUUAUCUGAUAUGAGACAUUGGGGCAGGCAGUGGAAUGAAGAGCAAAUUCUGAGCAAGUGUGUAGUGAGAUUUCUUCCUUCUAAACCACUUUCUUUAAAAACUUGUGGUGUCCAACUGGUAUGCCACCAGAGCGAGAAUGAUAACAAUGAUCAGAACUCAGCAGAUCUUCAAUUUUACAAGAGCAAUUACGAUGACUUGGAUCAUGAAAUUGUUCAAGUUCAGAGAUCACGUUUUAAUUGGUACUCUCAACAAAGAUUGGGCCAUGGAGCCUUGGGCAUUACUCUAGUGGGGAGCAAUCAAGAAGAAGACGAUGAACUCAUUGUAGCUUCCAGCUCAGCCUUCCGCCGCAGUGAUGGCGGAACCCUUGAGGAUGUCAUGCAAUUCCUAAGCGCCGCUGGUAUCACGAAUCCGCACGCCCAACGCAUGGCGUUUGAUCUUCAUCACUGUGCGCCGGACAACUAUGUUCUUGAUCACGACGAUCCCGUCACCUCCCUUCGUGCUGCCUUGGAAAACUUGACCAGGGGCAACAUGUUGGUUUAUGCUGCUACUGAAAGGAUGGUGGCGUGCUCCGAGGAGCAGGAGAGAAAAACCCGAGAGCAACUUGAGGAUAGCAAGAAGAUGGUAGAAGAAUUGGAGAAGAAGCUGGCUGAGGCUAAGGCUGCCCUUAUCGAUAUGGAAACACUGCGUCUGCGGGUAGCGGAGGCCGAGACCUCUAUGACCAAGCUGAAAGAGGUUGUGACCUCCCAGGACGAACAACUUGAGUCCCAGGAUGAGAAGGUGUCCUUAUUGUUAGAGCAGAACCAAAAAUUAAACGCCCAGGUGACAGCCAUGGGUCUCAAGCAUCAGGACGACCUUGCUGCUGCCGAGGAAGCUGCAGUGAUUGCCUACCAAAAGAGUCCCCAUUUUAAGGAGGAGAUGGAUAACGCAUACCACCGUGGGGCAUCAAUAUUUUCAAGGGAAGGUAAGGCUGUUGGGUCAGUUCAUGAUCGUCCUGCUAUGGAGACGCAUUCGGCUACCAAAGAACAACGGAAGAAAGAUAAGGCAUCACAGGCCAAAGCAAACCAUCAACAAGAGUUAAAGAAGAAGAGGAAAAGUGAACAAGAAAUUCGAGAUGUCACAAGCGCAGGCUCUUCACAUACUGCAACCUCUGUGUCGGUCUUGUCUCCUCCCUUGAACACCAAGAAAACGACCAGCGUGGUCACCGCACAUCCUAUGUCAAGGUCAUCUCGAGCGGCUCUCAGUCCUACGGUUUCUACAGUUGUCACUCGGACAAUGGUACCGAGGAAGCCGGUGUCUCGCUCUCCAUCCUCUACUGUUCAGUCUUUCCCUUAAGCAAAGCUCUAAUAGCAGUGGUGCAAAGGAGGUGCAUAGCCCAUCUCACAUUGGUCGUGUUGGCGGACACCACUCACAGCAGCAAGAGAAGCAACGAGGAAGAGUCGACAUACCACCCCAUGGCCAAGGCCGCGGUAAUCCCCAAGCUGUUUCCAACACCCCUGCCCGUGGUCGGAGCACUCUUGCUGCCGGUGGUAGUAUCCCGAUAGGUUGCAGUGCUCAAGGAAAUAGCAACAACAGUGGAUAAGGAAUAAAGAUGACAAUUUCCAGCUAUCAAACUGUAUGUUUAUUACUACAAACUUCCCCAAUAGCACCUCUUAAAUAGCCGCCAUACAAAAGAUUUAAGAGUAAUGAUCGGAAGAAAACAAAUAAUUGAUAUGUUUAUGCUUAAACUGUUUGUUUCAAAGUCAUCAUCAUUUAGCUUUAGAACACCAACUUAACAAGUUCGUCAGAUGAACUAGAAACCUGAUGGAAGACAAUCCUACUGGACAGAGGAUGAACACGUGAUUUAAUUGCUAUAUAAACUUAAGUACUUCUAAUCCUGAUUCCUUUCAGAAAUGAAGGUUGGCACCCAGAAGUAAAAGACCACCAAAUCCCCUUUACUUGUAAUGUAUGUUUCCCAAAAUAAAUUACUGACAUUGAACCAUUUGUGUAGGCUCAGAUAUUAUGUUAAAUCAGUUAAAUAACAAAAUUUUAAGCUUUUGAUAUAACUAAGAACUAUAAAGCUUGCUCGGCCGUGCAUGAAUUA